AUGCCGAGUUAUGCCAAAUUUAUGAAGGACAUUCUUUCAAACAAAAGAAAACUUGAAGAACAUAAGACAGUAAUGCUAACGGAAGAGUGUAGUGCUAUCCUUCAAAAGAAGUUAUCACUAAAAAUCAAAGAUCUAGGGAGUUUUACUAUUCCAUGCACUAUUGGAGAUUUAAAUUUUAGUCAAACUUUAUGUGAUCUUGGUGCCAAUAUUAAUUUGACGCCUUUGUCUAUUUUUAGAAAGCUAGGAUUGGGAGAAGCUAAGGCCACCACUGUAUCAUUACAAUUGGCUGAUCGAUCAAUUAAAUAUCCUCGGGGUGUCAUUGAGGAUGUAUUGGUUAAGGUAGACAAAUUCAUAUUUCCAGCCGAUUUCAUAAUUCUUGACAUGGAGGAGGAUCAUGACAUCCCUAUCAUUUUAGGACGACUGUUUCUUGCCACCGAAUCUGAUUCAUGCCUUCGAGUGGAUGUUGUUGAUCAUGUGGUUGCCGAGUCUUUUUACAGGCUUUCUAAAAAUCCUCUAGAAACAUGUCUUGUUUGUCCUUCGGCUAUCAAAGAGGAAGAUCCUAAAGUUGAGCAUUUGGUACACUAUUUGGAGGCUACACCUUCUCGGUCUUAUAAGAGAGCACAAAAUUAUGAAGACUUGGAAAAGAGCUCUUCACCACCACUGCCAUCUUUUCAGCAGGCACCUAUACUUGAUUUGAAGCCUCUUCCAUCUCAUUUGAGGUAUGCUUAUUUGGGAGAGUCAUCUAUGCUUCUGGUUAUCAUUGCUAAUUCCUUAAAUGAAUUGGAGGAAGAGAAAUUACUUCAGGUGUUGAGGGAGCACAAGGGAGCCAUUGGUUGGACUAUUGCAAAUUAA